AUGGGAAGGAACGUCCGGAGCUUGAAACUUGAAGUUGCGAAGUCCGUUUGUUUUGCUGCCGAGAAUGUUUUGGUCGCGCGCGCACGGCCAAUCACGAGCGGUCCUGUCCCCACAUCCGGAUCUAAACACUGUGAAGAGCUUGUUGUUUACUUCUGGUUCAUCGGCCCAGGUGGAGGUAUGAGAUUGAUGGAGAAAGUAGAUUCUAACUAG